AUGGUGAUGCCGCCGUUCGCUUGGUCCGCCUGUUGCCACUCCUCCGGAAUGCAUGAUGAUGGGGAUGGAGUCGACGGUGAUUCUGGUGGCGUAGCUGCUGGCGUCGGCGGUGGAUCGGACGGUGAUUCUGGUGGCGUAGCUGGUGGCGUCGGUGGUGGGGUGGAGGGUGAUUCUGGUGGUGGAGUUGAGGGUGGUGAUUCCGGUGGUGUAGCCGCUGGCAUCGGUGGUGGGGUGGAGGUUGAUUCUGGUGGUGGAGUCGAGAGUGGUGAUUCUGGUGGCGCCACCGCUGGUGUGGGAGGUGGAGUCAAUGGUGAUUCUGGUGGAGGAACAGAGGGUGAUUCCGGUGGUGAUGCCGCUGGUGGAGUCGACGACGGUUCCGGUGGCGAUGCUGCUGGUGGUUCCGGUGGUGAUGUUGCUGGCGGAGUUGACGGUGAUUCCCCCGGUGGUGACGCUGCUGGUGGUUCCGGUGGUGACGCUUCCGGCGGAGUCGAUGGCGGUUCCGGUGGUGACACUUCCGGCGGAGUUGAUGGCGGCUGCGGUGGUGACGCUUCCGGCGGAGUCGAUGGCGGUUCCGGUGGUGACGCUUCCGGCGGAGUUGAUGGCGGCUCCGGUGGUGAUGCUGCUGGCGGAGUCGAUGGCGAUUCCGGCGGUGGCGGAGUCGGUGGUGAUGGGGUUGGCUCAGGCGUCGGUGGUGGAGUCGAUGGUGGAGGGUUCAUCGGUGGCACAGGCCCCCCUGUUUAA